AUGGACAGCUUCGUGCGGCGUGUGCAGGACAUAGCCAUCGGCGGCAGAUAUCACUUGGUGCGAAAACUGGGAUCUGGUUCUUUUGGAAAUGUGUAUCUAGGCCGUGAUGCUGAGACCGGCAACGAAGUCGCCAUGAAAUUCGAACAUCACAGCGUUGCUCCAUCUUUAGUUGAAGAAGAAGCGCGAAUCUAUGAAACCCUGGCUGGAAACCCGGGCUUUCCUCAGGUGUAUUGGCACGGGCAACGAGAUGACUUUAUGGUUUUAGUUUUCGAGCUGCUCGGGCCGAACUUGGAAGACUUGUUCCAGUACUGUGGCAACCAGUUCUCGUUGAAGACGACGCUGAUGCUCACUGACCAAUUACUUCAUCGUUUUGAGACCCUUCAUUCAAACGAUUUUCUUCACCGGGAUAUCAAGCCUGAAAAUUUCCUUCUGGGCAUCGGUGAGCGAGGGAAUGUCGUCUACAUGACCGACCUAGGCCUUGCAAUCUACCGUCAUCCCGAUUACUGGAGCAGGGACAUUCCUGCUCGUAAUGUGACAGCGCGACCUCCUCAACUAUUAGGCACCUGCAGGUAUGCGAGUAUCAACGGCCAUUUGGGUGUUGCGCAAUCCCGACGUGAUGACUUGGAGGCACUAGGCUAUAUGCUGGUGUAUUUCAUGCGGGGGAGACUUCCGUGGCAAGGCCUCAAGGCGAAGCGGGAUGCUAAAUAUCUGCUGGUUUUGGAGAAGAAGCAGACAAUCAGUACACACGAACUUUGUGCAGGUCUACCAACCGAGUUUGAGGACUACAUGAAUUAUGUCCGUAACUUGCGCGACGAGGAUCAGCCGGACUAUCAGCACCUGCGAAACAUGUUCAACAAGCUGUUUCACCGACAAGGGUUCGAAUACGACAACGUCUUUGACUGGACAAUUCGAGAAUUCCUGAGGCUGGAGCCAAACGCACAAGAAUUGCUUGCAUCGGGAGCUGUGGAUGAACGGCGAGAAGAGGAGAUUACGAAGCCAUUGGGCGAUGCAGCACGGACUGUGACCAGGGAGGCACGUCGAAAGAGGAGAUGA